AUGUUAUAUGGCGACACAAGCUCGUGGAACCAUUUCGUCAACACUGGUGAAAAAGGCCCACUCAACCAGAUUCAGGAUCUCCUUCUGCGGCAAGAAACUGGAGAACAGGAUGUAUCUGCUAUCUUCCAGCUCGAGAAGGUCGUACGCGAUUCAAUAUUCCAAGGUGAUCAGGAGAAGAUCAAAAAAGUCGUCGAGCAACUUUGCCAUGACUAUGCAUACGCCGUGCAUCAGCCUCACGCCCGAAAUGGAGGGUUGAUUGGAUUGGCUGCGGCUUCCAUUGCCCUCGGAUCUGAAGGUGUCGCGCCAUACUUGAGUGAAAUUGUGCCGCCAGUGCUGGCGUGUUUCUCGGAUCAAGAUGCGAGGGUUCGAUACUAUGCUUGUGAGAGCAUGUACAACAUUGCCAAGGUGGCUAAAGGAGAAAUUUUGCUCUUUUUCAACGAGAUCUUUGAUGCGUUGGCUAAGCUUGCAUCCGACUCGGAGCUUUCCGUGAAGAAUGGUGCAGAGCUUCUAGAUCGAUUGGUGAAAGACAUCGUUGCCGAGUCAGCGGCUUCGUAUGUUUCAAUUUUGCACAUGCCCGAGAAGGAAAUCCCGGAGACAGAAAACCAAGAAGACACGGAGCUUCCUAUGGCAUUCUCUCUCGCACGAUUCAUCCCUUUGCUUCAAGAACGCAUCCACGUGAUCCAGCCGUUUACUCGCAACUUCCUUGUCUCUUGGUUGACUCUCUUGGAUACGAUUCCAGAUCUAGAAUUAGUGAGUUAUUUGCCAGACUUCCUCGAAGGUCUCAUCAAGUUCCUCGGCGGUCCGAACAACGACGUGAACGUUGCGACCCAGGGUCUACUCGAUCGUUUCCUGCUGGAGAUCAAGAGGAUCACACGACUGAAGAAAGGAAUCGAAGAAAGCCGCAAGAGCGAGAAAAGUAACCGACACUCCGUUGCUAGCGACGUCAUGAGCAACGCUACGGAGCAGAACAUGCCCAUCGACGGCGCCUCCGAGUACAAGAAUGAUAUCGCCGUGGAAGAUUCCGCGUCGGAGGCUUCCACCGACGAAUUCCUUCAGGCUGACGGAGAUUGGAUCCCAGGCCAGGAUGUCCAGAUUGACCAUCCAAAGAUCCUUGAUAUUCUAGUCGGCUUUGUCAAUACAUCACAUGAGGAGGAAAUGCAGCUCACGGCCCUUCGAUGGAUCGACGCCUUCUUUGAGAUCAGCCCUGAGGAUAUUCUCCCCUUUGUCCCCAGACUUCUAACUCAAGUUCUCCCGGCCAUGUCGAGCGGCUCGGACUCAGUGGGAGCGGCCGCGAACCAAGUCAACACCUCUCUCAUGCAGUACAUCUACUCUCUUUCCAACGAUACAACUGAAGAGCCUCAGGCAAGCUCAUCGAAAAUCCCCUUCGCCACAUCCAGCAAAGAACCCAUUGAGCGACGAUCAUCCACUCCCGGGAUCAGACCCUCCGAGACAUCGAGUGUUGAUACAAGGAGACACACGCGAGAGAAUUCGCUUGCGGAAACCGCCCGCAGUAGCGGUGUUUCUACGCCACUGCCUACAACGGAUCUCGAUUAUGCCGCCGCCGUCAAUUCACUCACCUUGCAGUUCCUGAAUGAAAACGACAAAACUCGGGUUGCAGCUCUCAGGUGGCUCAUCAUGUUGCACCAGAAAGCCCCACGGAAGGUCGUCGCCUUCAAUGAUGGCACAUUCCCGGCUUUACUGAAGACAUUGUCUGACCCCUCAGACGCUGUGGUGACAAAGGAUCUCCAGCUUCUCUCGCAGAUAUCGAGGAAUAGCGAAGACAGCUACUUCACGUCUUUCAUGGUGAACUUGUUGCAGCUCUUCUCAACUGACAGGCACUUACUUGAAGCGCGUGGCAAUUUGAUCAUCCGACAACUUUGUAUCAAUUUGAGCCCGGAGCGGAUCUACAGGACUUUGGCCGAGUGCCUCGAGAAGGAAGAAGACCUCGAGUUUGCCAGCAUCAUGGUCCAGAACCUGAAUAACAACCUCAUCACUGCGCCUGAGCUCUCAGACUUGAGGAAGCGACUGAGGAAUCUUGACUCAAAGGAUGGUCAAUUGUUCUUUGUUACGCUCUUCCGAUCCUGGUGCCACAAUGCCGUCUCCACGUUUUCCCUCUGCCUUCUCGCCCAAGCGUAUGAGCAGGCAUACAAUCUACUUCAGAUAUUUGCCGAACUGGAAAUGACAGUCAACAUGUUGAUCCAGAUCGAUAAGUUGGUGCAAUUAUUAGAGUCCCCUGUCUUCACAUAUCUUCGUCUCCAACUCCUCGAACCCGAAAAAUAUCCCUUCCUGUACAAAUGUCUCUACGGCGUCCUCAUGCUCCUCCCCCAGAGCUCCGCUUUCGCCGCCCUGAAAAACCGCCUCAACAGUGUUAGCAACAUUGGAUUCCUGCACAGUGGACCCCGCAAGUAUGGACCCUCUCCUCGCUCCCCCAGCGCAUCCCAGCUCCCAAGCCCCUACCGUGAGAAGGAUUCUAAGACCAUGGCCCCCAGUACCCUCCCCACCGGAUCCUCCUUUGACCGCCCAACCGGCACCCGCCUCAAGACCCGUGACGAAAACAACAUCCGCUGGGUGGAUCUCCUCGACAAGUUCAAGGUUGUGCAAGAGCGCACCCGUCGCUCCUCUAACCAGCUGCACCGGGCCCAAGAAGCGCAGAACCCGGCGCUCACCGCUGCGCUCUCCGCCGCCGCCGCCGAUGGCUCUCGAACCCGUCUCCCCGAUGCCCCUCGCGGGCCUCCGACAGGUCCUCCUCCCCCUGCGCCCGGGGGACGCGGGUCAGAGCCAGGCCCGAAGGGCAAUUCGUCUUCCAUCCUGGGUUCGGGCCACAAGCACAAGUCGAGUCUGCCGAAUCUGGGACGGUUGACGAUGGGAGGGCGCAAGUCUAAGAAGUAA